UUUCCCUUCGGCCGACGACGCCUCAUUGCCGUCGAAAACGUGAGCCUGACCUGAGGGCUCACCGGUGAGAGCCGCUAAAUAUAAGAACUAGUCGAUCUCUCACCCUCAGAGACCAUCCCACCUUUCCCUCUCCCAACCACGUCGAACUCUGAGCUCACAAUGAGUCCCGCUGAUAUAGCUACGCGCGUUGUCGCGCAAGAUAUCAUUGCCCCUACCGACACUGCUCGGCCCGGGCCCUAUCCGCUGGACGAGACCCUGUACUCCAUCGACUCGGACGGCGAGGCGUUCGCGUUUAUGAAGGCGCAAACCGGCAUCCAGGACCCUGACGAGCUCAAGAAGCACAUACUGGCUGUCCAAGCUGAGGCUUAUUCCAUUCAUCCGUAUCCCUGCAUCCGCAGGUUCGCCUUCCUCACGUUGAAGCUAGGAAGGCUCCCAGCGUAUCAACAACUCUUGGAGCUCGGCAAGCAACGCAAGGACGCUAUCCUUCUAGACAUCGGCUGUUGCUUCGGUAAUGACCUGCGGAAGGCCGUCUUCGACGGAUACGCGGUUGAGAACUGCGUCGCUUCAGACCUCCACCCUGAGUUCUGGGAUUUGGGCCACAAACUCUUCAAAUCCACGCCGGAAACGUUCCCGGUGCCCUUCAUCCCAGGAGACGCAUUCGACUCGAACCACCUUGAGCCCGUCCCGCCGUUCUACUCGCCCCCCGACACUCCGCGGCCGCAGCUUCCGACGCUCACCUCCCUGAACCCGCUCCGCGGACAUGUAUCCGCAGUCCACGCGUCGGCGUUCUUCCAUUUAUUUGGCGAAGCCGAGCAGCUCCACCUCGCGAAGGCGAUCGCGGGCCUCCUCUCUCCAGAGCCGGGGUCAAUGAUCAUGGGCGCGCACGGCGGGCUUCCCGUCAAGGGCCUCCGCAACGAGAACGGCGUGAUCCUGAACCCCGCGCGGACGCGCCCGAUGUUUUGCCACAGCCCGGAGAGCUGGAAGGAGCUCUGGGACGGGCAGGUCUUCGAGAAGGGCACUGUGAAGGUGGAGGCGUACUUGCACCAGACGGACCGGAAGGACCUAGGGAUGACCGUUCCCGAGGGCACGAAGCUCUACCUCCUGGUCUGGUCCAUUACGAGGCUGUAGGUCUUGCGGGGAAUGAGCGUGAAUUGGGGGCUUGAAGCAGAGGUCUGUCUGCUAGCUUCCGUAAUGCGGCUUAACGACAACUGACUUCCGGAGCAGACCUCCGCUGUCAGAAUGUGUACAACAGCGUAGCACCGGCAUAGCCGGACUUGAAAUUCGAGCAUCUAUGGUUUGGCCUUGUGACGUCCUAUCGUUGCUCCGCAGUGUCGGUGCCGGGAAGGAAGAUACCCAAGUAUCCGCGUUGCGUACCGGACUAGCGGGUCGGUGCAGGUGAGGGUAGCGGGUUCGUCCU